AUGCUACCCUACCUGUUCCCCGACCUGUCCUUGUUUACCACCGCUGAGGACCUCAUCUCUCAUCUCCGCGCUAGUGACGCUCGCUUUCGUGCCGCCCUUUCAGACGAGUUCCUCAUCGAGAAUCAUCCCCCGAUGUAUUUACUCUCUACUUCCUCAUCACCCACCUCCCUGACACUCUUCGCUCAGAGGUCGGGGCUGCUUCCGCUCCUAGUGGGAAGCGCCGCAGCACCAGGGGCAGCAGGGGUGGCAGGGGAGGUGGAGGUGGUGGUGGAGGGGGCGGUGGUGGAGGCAGCGGGGGUGGUGGAGGUGGUGGGGGUGGUCGUGGGGGUGGAGGUGGUGGCGGGGGCGGCGGGGGUGCCGGGGGCAGUGGAGGUGGUAACGGCGGGAGUGGGGGAGGCGGGAGCGGUGGUGGCAGCGGUGGUGGGAGCUGGAGUGGAGCCGGCCAGAAGGGGAGCUCUAGUGGUAUAG